AACCUGAGUGGAAACAAACUGUCUGAUUCAUCAGUGAAGCGUCUGUCUGCUGGACUGGAGAGUCCAAACUGUGGACUGAAGACUCUGAUGGUGGAAGACAGACGGGACAGCGCUACACCUGCCGCACAUAAAGGACAUCCGUCCACAUCCAACACGAACCUCGAUGUGUCUGAGGACAGCAGAGACGAUCAGCUGUAUCCUGAUGAUCCAGAGAGGCUGAAGCAGCAGCAGCAGCUUGAGCGCAGAGAGAAUCUGACUGGGACGAGUCACUGGCAGGACUUCACACCCAAAGUUCUGACUGAGUCUGCAAACAUUUCAUACAGGUUCAGCUGUCCUGGUCCAGGUGUGUUCAGGUGUACUUUGACCGGACUGGUGUUUGGUACGGUUCAGGAGGCGGAGCUACAGUACAGGACUGUCCAAUGGGACGAAAGCCUUCUACAACCAGCUGGCAAGAUGGCUGCAGGGCCGCUGUUCAACAUCCACAGUCCUGACGGUGCUGUCAGUCAGCUCCACCUGCCACACUGUGAAACCAGGGAUGCUCCGCUCCCUGAGGGUCUGCUGUCUGUCGUCCACAUCACUGAUGAUGGAAUGAGCAUCCUGGAGCCGCUGGAGAUUACAGACACUCAUGUGGUUGUGAACGUCCCUCACUUCUCUCUCCUGGGCCUCGUCUGGGACGUUGUUAUGAGGUUACUGAACAUCGCAAUUAGGGGCCAGGUUCUGCUGUUCCUCCGACCUCCGGAUGAUGAUGAUCAAAUACUUGAUGUAUUUCUGCUGCAGGACAACAUUCCUCUGAGUGAGGUUGCCGCCCAACAAGGAGCAGCUGAGAACAUUAAGAUCUCUUCUGACUGUGAUCUCAGCAUUGGUCAAAACUACAGUGUUCACUGUGAACCUGAAGCCUCCAUAAUCCAGCCUGAGCGUGCACAAUUUCGCACAAAGUGUGGACCAAACUUCUUCCCAACGUUUGAGGUUUUCCUCACUACAAACCAAGAGAGAAUGACUUUCAUGGUCCACGACCAAGAGGGGACACGAAUGUGGAAUCGGGUGGUGCAACUGACAGGUUCAAAAAGUGAAAAUCUAGAGAGGAAUCUCCAAGCAAGGGACAUCGCCACAGUGGGUGAAAGCAGCACAGCAGAGGACUCUCCCAGCAGGGGAAUCUCUCAGCAGGGGAAUCACCCAGCUGAGGACAUCAUUCCAGCAGAGGAAAGGCUGCGCUCGAUACGGACAGAGUUUGUUACCAGAGUGUCUGAACCUAAUCUAGACAAGCUUCUGGAUAAACUUCUUGAGUUUGGGGUUUUAAAUGAUGAUGAAAUGCAGUUAGCCAGCACAAAAACAGGAGCAAACAAAGCUCGAGAUGUGAUCGACAUGGUGCGAAGAAAGGGAACUGAAGCCAGCUCACGUUUUAUUGCUGCCCUCCGUGUGGUGGAUCCAAACCUUUCCAGACAGCUCAACUUAAGCUGAGUGUGAAAAUGAUGUAUAUCAGCUGACUGUUUUAUGGUCUCAAAUUACUUAUUUUCAUCUUUAGCUGUCAGCUGAAACUAAUAUGAAGCUUCAGCGUCCAAAUUAGUCAAAUCUUCAUCUUCUAUGUUUCGACGUGACAGUGUUUUAGUAGCAAAGUCUUUGUGUUACUAUGGUUACAGCACAGUUCAACAGAAACAUUAAGAGGGAAUCUGAUGCUAAAAACACUGUAAAUGUGUCAGAUAUCAUUGAUAUAAUAACUCACACUGAUGAAGCUCAAUAGAAGCUGAUUUUAGCAGAUUUUAAAUGACUGUGUGGACAAACUCACUUUACAUUGAAAGCACAUAUGAAGCAGAUCUUUUAAUAGUCAGUAUGAACAGGAGGAAUUAUUACAGAGAGGAAAACCUCUUUACUGCUCAUAUGGACACCUGACUGCUGGUUUAAGAUAGACUUGAAACAUUUUGAAACUAUUCUUUAAUAUGUGUGUGAUUAUGAAGAUGAUACAAAGAAAUUAUUUAGUCCUAGUUUCAUAUUUUUUUAUCAAAAAGCAAAUAUAUUUUUUAUGUGGUGUAACUGUGUU